AUGCUGAAUGACAAUUUGUUGGAUGAUGUUGACCUUCUUAUUCCCAACUGUCCUGCUCUGGAGAAGUUAUCGCUGGUCCAUAACCGUUUCAAAUAUCCGUUCCAGUUUGAAGGUUUGAAAGCUUUGCCGAACUUGCGGGUGCUGGAUUUGAACCAUAAUGCUGUGUGUGGCCGUACUGAUUUCGACAUCACGCUUCGUCUACGUUUUCCCCGCCUGCACUCCCGCACCAUGUUAUGGGAAAGUUCGGACAGUGAGAGCGACAGCGGCGAUUGGUUCCUAAGCGAUGAGAGCGAUAUGUCUGUCGAUGUACCUUUCGAUGAUGAUGAUGAUGACUAUGUUCCCGACGAAAAUGGUUUUUGA